AUGGACGCCGGAUCAUACACACGCUAAACUUUGUAAACAACAAUCGUUCCUAGACUUUACACAAUCAUAUUAACACAAGCAAUGGUCGCAGUUUAAACUAGGUUCAAUGACCCUCAAUGGCAAAGAAAAUCGAAGUUUGGAGACAAAAUGGUUUUAAAAGUAAAGAAGAGAGGAAGUACUACGAAAACUUUGAGGAACUGCUAGAUCUACGUGCCAAAACUUACGCCAAAUUUAAUUGGACACCAGUGAACCUGUUUCUGCCGGAUAGAUUAAAAAUCUUGCACGUGGAGAGGCUAAAGAACACGAACUCUAAACUUCCGAGUUUACCAGUUGAAAAUCUGGGUAAACAAGAACAGACACAGAGUGCCACGCCACCAGAGAGGCAGGCUGGGCCGUCCCAUAUGACGGGGAAACAUAUAUCAUACGAGGAACCAAAGAAACUGGACCAAAAGCUGGACACAAAACAAUCACAUUCUGGUCGUGACAGUAGUUCCAAUGACGAGAGUGGUAACGAGUUGUCGAGUUCUGAAAGUUCCAUCAACGACAGCAGCGAAUGAUCAACGGUGUAGAUGUAUGUGUUGUUUUGUUAGUUUUCAUAGUUUACCGUUCAUGCAUGGCAUCGUAAAGAUGAAUAAAUUACUGAACUUUUGGUGUUAUAAAAUAUUAGUGUAAGUAAUGCUUGUGUAAGAUAUAGAAAUGUAGGAAUAGGACGAACAACUGCAAUUACAUAAUCACGUAAAAUAAUGUCUACGUUUUAUUUGUAGUGUGAUGUGAAUGUGUAAUUUUGGAUGUAGAGUUGCGAAAGUAAAAAACAUGAGUUGUUAGUGUAUAAAUGUAAUAUUAAAGUAAUGUUUUUGCGUAAGUGAAAUGGUAGAGUGAAGUACCUGUGUAAAAGUAAGUGACGAUGAAUGCAUGUGUGUACGUGAAAUUGCGAGGGGAUGUAUAUGUCUAGUUUUUAUGGUUAUUAAUGUGUACAUGUAAAGUUGCGGUGAUAAUUAUAAUUCUAAUGGACUUGACAUGUGUAUAUAUAAGUGUGUUGAUCAGUCAUGCAUUACAUAUCCUAGUGUAAAUUGAUUUUCAGUUAUUCUUGUUGAGCGGUUGUUUUUUUUUCGAGUUGUAGAACUUGAACUGUUAGAAAAAAAUAGAAUGGGUUACGUGCCAUUUUUAUCUGCAUGCUAUUUAAACAUAAUAUAUAUUACUAUUGUUAAAAACUAUAAUGUAUACAUUAUUUUCAUUAAUUUAUUUAAAAAGCUUUCGUGUUUUUGA